GCCAUUUCUGAUUGCGGCGUGUUUACGCCUGUCAUUCAUAGAACGGCUGUUAGGCGAAGGAGCACCAUGGCGGGAGGGAUGAAGUUGGAAGUGGUGUUCGGGGUUACUGAGCCGUUCUAUAAAUACAGCAUAGUUUUCGUAUUACUCCUUGUUAACUGCACUGCCAGCGAGCCUGAAGGCUCAGGUGCAGGAUUUAUUUAUUUAACAAAAAAAGAAGAAAGCUUUACUCAGCCAGGCUAUCUCUGCUACAGAAACACCAUGGUGCCAGGCAUGCAUACUGUAUGGACUAAAGUGCAGAUUCGAAUAAGGAGUUCCAGAUCAUUUAAAGUGACUCUGCUGGAAAAUAAAGAAAAACUGAAGGAAAUGGAGCAGUUUAGUUUUUGGAACCUGAUUACCACCUUAAUGAAGGACAAGUUGAAUGAUACUUCUGUCACAGUGGACUUGUUUUCUAAUGAAACCUGCUUCAUGGUUGAACCUGUUGAAAAAGGCGUUCCUUACUCAGUCAGCACAGUACGAUAUCUUGAUGUGAAACUGAUCCUCAUUUUUUUGGCAGGACUUCUCUUAUUCUUUUAUGCUGAAACUCUUAGCAGGAGUCAAGUUUUUUACUACUCUACUGGAAUGAGUGUAGGGAUUUUGGCAUCCCUCAUUAUCCUAAUUUUCAUGAUAUCCAGAUUACUACCCAAGAAAAGUCCAUUUUAUGUUCUUCUGCUUGGAGGAUGGUCAUUUUCUCUCUAUGUCAUUCAGUUGGUGAUUCAGAAUUUGCAAAGUAUUCUACAUGGGUACUGGCAGUAUGUACUUGGCUAUGUGUCAGUUGUUGGUUUUGUCAGCUUUGCUGUUUGCUACAAAUAUGGCCCUUUGGAGGAAGAGCGCAGUAUAAAUAUCUUAAGUUGGACUUUGCAGUUGGUUGGCUUACUUCUAAUGUACGCUGGCAUUCAAGUGAACAAGAUUGCAGUGGCGCUGAUUAUUGUGGCCAUUUGCACCAAAAACAUGGAGUACCCUGCACAUUGGCUAUACAGACAUAUCUCUGCAGCAUACAGAAAGAUAUGCAGAGUGAAGGAGAAGCCAGUGCCACCUCGACUGCUUACAGAGGAAGAAUAUCAGAAGCAGGCUGAAGAGGAAACAAGGACGGCACUGGAGGAUCUGAGACAGUACUGUAUCAGUCCAGAGUUCAGUGCCUGGAAAGCUGUUUCUAGAAUACAUUCACCAAAGAGAUUUGCAGAUUUUGUAGAGGGGGCCUCCCACCUUACUCCAAAUGAGGUCUCUGUCCACGAACAAGAGUUUGGUCUUUGUGGCUCAUACCUUGAGGAAGAGCUGUUUGAAGAUGAUAUGGACGAUGAUUAAAAAACUGUCAGGUUGCAGAACUUUGGAAAUGCUGCUUUAUAUAUCCUGCUUUUUGUGACCAUUAUGGUUGACAGAGAGCCCUAUACUGUACUGUUAAUCUUGCCAGGUGGUAUAGCCUGUGAUGAAUGGUGGGUAAUUUACAACCUUGUGUCCACCUUUUCUAAGGUGGAAUGAAUCUGUAUGACAAGUUUGGAACAAAAUUGACCAGCUUUUGUAUGGCUUGGUGCUCAGGUAUUGUCAUGUGCAAAUGCUUGUUACAGAUGUAAGAGUCCAGACCUGUGUUUUGUCAGUUCUUUUGGAAGUUAGCAGUGCAUUGAGCAUUUCAUUUAUUCCGACAGGCUGCCUCAAAUUGUCAAGUAUGUGAAUGCUUUUUUGCAUUUACAACAUUCUGUAUCAGCAGGUAAUGUCUUUGUUUACACUCAUUCUGAAUAAUUCUUGUAAAAGGAAAUGAUCACCUGAUAACUCCCUCUGGUCUUUUUACUUGAGACAGAAUGAAUUUAACUGACUGGUGUAAAAGCAUAAGUUUAUUUUUUCUCAGUAUUUUUAGCCAUAAACUUAGGACAUAUUUUUUCCUGUUUCCUCCUUUAAUUUUGUACUUUUGUAUUUUUUCUCCACUUAUAGAAACAGAAAAAUAGUGGAAGCUGCAGCAUUUCAUUUGUAAUCACAGACUGCAUAACUUUUCCCCCAGCUAAACUGAAGUUGCUGAUUCUAGAGCUGAUGCAAAUACUGCAGGUAGUAUCAGGUGGUUGAGGUGUAUGGAUAUCGCACAGUUUUUCCAAGGUAGUCUCAGUAAGCAUGUUCUAAAGUGUUUUGGCACCAUUUUAGAAAGGGGCUCUCUUUGUUAUCUACUGAGGUUCAUUAUUCCUUAACCAAACCUCCUGGAAGUGUCUGUAGCAGUGUAGUUAAGGGAUGGUUGUAAUGGAGGCCUAGCUGAGAAACUGUCAUUCAAAGUAACAAUGGGACAAAGUUUAAUCUCAUUUUUGUUCCUUGUUUUCACUCAAAAGUAGUAAACACUUUCAUUUAAUGCGAGUCUAACUCUUAAAUUUAGGUAACAUGAGAAAAUCAGAACUUUUAUUUUACUUUGUUUCCUGUGAUGAGGUGAUGACCAAAUAGGCAGGUAUCAAAUAUGCCUGUACUGUCCUGGACUGAGGUGAAAUCAUCUGAUGUAUUCUAUGAAUUUGGCUGUACUACCCUGGCUCAUUAGAAAAAGUUGUGAGGAAUUUCUUUGAAGGUUAAAAAAAAAAAUCAAAGAAAUCUAAACUUUGUAUUUACUCUUCUUCCUGUAAGGCAAAAUACGUAGAUAGGUAGUUUGUUCCAGAGUGUGGGAAGUCUCUGGGACAGGACGCAUUAAUGAAAGUCUUUGACCCAUCUUUCACUUCCUGCAUCAUGAUGUUGGGGCCCUUUCCUUUCCUGGUAGGAGUAUCCCUGUGAUCCUGCUGUAGAUUUGUGGCCCUUGAAUGAUAACCAUCUGGCUUUUUACUAUUGGUUCUUCAUCAGACCCUUUCAAAGGACACCGCUGGGUGUCAUUGACUUGAUGAAAGACUUUGAAGAUGCUCACCAGCCAGCUUCAUCAAGAGUUGCAUCAGGGUCUGAGGCCAACAAACUUGAAUUUAAAUUUUCAGUGAAAUAUUUGAUAGCCAUUUCUAUCCUUACCCAGGUAUUAAGGCAAACUAAAGACUAUGUUACAAGUAAUGUCAAGGCUGUCUGAAGCACUAAUAUGCAGGCUGACUACUGAAAAGUGAUCUCAGGAAUCUAAAGCUCUCAUCGCCAUUUCCAAAUUUUACACAGAGAGAGAGGGGGGGGGUUAAGUUGGUAAAAUAUGCAUCUUCAUCGGUCUCUUAUAUUUCUUCUGAAUCUCUGACAUAAUGUGGGAUGCUGUAUACAUUGCAAAUACUUCUUUUUUAGCAAGAGGGCCAUUCCUUCAUUCUAUUUAGGUAAUUUAGAAAAAUAAUGGUAUGUCAGGACUAAACACACACAUAACAGGAUGCAGAAUACCUGAACCAACAAGAGCAUCAGCUGAGGGUUAUUCCAUCAUGCUUCCUGCAUACUGAAAGGUGCCCAUUGAUGCACCAUCUGUAACCCAGUGGGUUAAUUGUAAACAUUAUUCAUCAAAGUUGUUUUAAUUUUUGGCAGAACAUUCCUCUGUGGCUUCUGCAGUCUCCUAGAUUAUGAAGGAUUUUGUUAUGCCCAAGAACCUGAGCAGUUUUUCAGAUGAGAGUCUUCACAUCAGGACUGCCAAGAAAGACUGGAAAUUUCGUGCAAAUAUACAAAUCUAUGAUGAAAAGAUCACAGGCAAGCAUAUGCUGCAAUCAGUAUUUUAUUUGGGGGAGAGCAAGCCCUCCACCCCUCCUUCUGCAACAUGAGUCAUUCACACUUACAGUGCUGAUUGUGCUGUGUACUGCUUUGUGCCUGUAGUGUUGAUCGUGUGGGGCUACGUUGUCCCAUUCCAGCCCAAAGCUCUUGAAAGGCAGACUACUUCAUACUGCUGUUUGUUUAGCUUUUACUUGGUACUUCAGUGCCUCUAUAUAGCAGUUUGUGAGAGAAAGUUUUAAUUUAGCAAAUAAGGCAAAAUGCUGCUUUACUUGUUCAGUUUAAAUAGUUAAUCUCCUAUGCAUUUAUUUAUAUUUUACUCAGAGCUCCAGACAGUUGCUCUCCAACUUUUCAAUGAUCACAACUACUGCACCCAAGUAAACUGAUAAGUGUGAGGGAGUAACCUCAGAGACUAGCAUUAUUUGCUGAAGAAGCAGAUACUUUAAUUUUUUGCACAAGAAACAAAGUUUAUCUUUCUGUAGUGAAUUUUCGCGAAAGAGGAAUCCUUGUAAAUCUGGAGAGUGGUCUUUUCUUAACUCCAGGGCUGCAUUUUCCCAUGUUCUUUAUAGCUGCACCUUCCCAAGGCUGGUUAGCAGAUAUGAUAGAAUGCCAUAUAAAUUAUUGUUCUGGAACUCAACUUUACUGGACCCUCCAGGCUUUCCUUUUGUUACAGAAAAGGCUGUGCUUGGUCCUGGAAAUCAUAGCUGCAGUCAUCUUUUGAUUCAAGAUGAUUACCAUAACCUUUGUGCUGGGAAGCUAUAAACUUGUAAUACUAGAGCAUUCAGUCCCUUCAUACUUUCUACCUUCCAGGAGCCAAGCAUGCUGGCAGAUGGUGUUCCUGCAGAAGUGUUGGCUGGAUACAACAUGCAUUUGCCAGACCACUAACUACAAAACUUGGCUUGGCACAACAGACGUAUCUGCAUUUGCCAGGCUACUAAACACAUAUUUUCCCCUGAUUUGUUUUCCUGGUCAUGGAGCUGGGUUAUUUAGUCAGAUUUGUUUCUAUCUUGGGUAGGGAGCUUCAUUUGAGCUUCCUGUUUUCUUCUCAUUGGGGGUUGGGGGAGUGGCUGUCUUUAAAGUUUGCACCAAAACUCUGGAAUUUGAUUUCAUAGCUCCAUUUUAGCAAAGGCAGGUAAGGUUCUUUCUUCUCCAACAGUUAGUAAAAAUAUUUUAACAACUUCCAUUUCACUGAUACCUUCUGGCAUGUAGCCAAGAAUUGAGCAGUACAUCUCUUUUUAAGGACCCUAAGGUUAUUCUUGUAGAUGUAGAGCAGAGAGCUAUUCCAAGCUUUAGUAUGUCAGAAGUUGUUCAUCAGGCCUUCAUAGCAGUAAGCAGUGUAUGGAAUCCACCCCUUUGCAAAAGAAAGAAGUUUGCUUCUGGGUAGUAUCGGAGGUUAGUUUCCUUCACGUGUUAAAUGUGGCUUGUCCUGCACUGUGUAUCAUGUAUUUAACUGCAGUAGUUCACUUUCAGCUAUUUCUAGUCAUUCGCUACUUUCUUGUGUAUUUCCAUAUUUGUCUGUUAUGUUUCAUUUUGUAUAUUUUCCCUAGUCUGUUCUGUCAAAGUAUUGUACAGUAUUUAACAGUUGUAAUUCACUGUUGGAAAAUAUGUAAUCAUCGAUUUGGCCCAGAUUACAGUGGAAAACUGUGGACCAGUCCACCAAUCUGGUUAACAAAGUCAACAAAAAGAUAAAUUUGUUGCCAUCAUCCAUGAGCCAGUUGGAACCCGCCAGCAUUGCAGAUGAAUAUAGUCCAUGGUUUCCUGAACGGACUACUACAACUAAGACUAUUCAUUUGGAAUACAUUUUUAGACGUGAUUUGAAUUUUCUGCUAGUAGCACUUACUUUGUCACCACCAAAAUCAGCUGUUCAGUGACCAUAAAAUUAAUUUCUUGGAAGCUAUUUUUUGGGCUGUUACAUAAGCCUCUCAUUUCUGAGCUACAGGCAUUAUGCUGUGAAUAGGCCAUUUGUAGUGUCUUACUUUCAGAGAUAGUCACCUUAUGCUAAGCAAAAGAUUAACCUGCCCAUAUCGUAGGUGUAGUAGAGGUGGAGUACUCUUGUGGAGGGUGUUGGGGACUGUUUCCCAUUGAAAAACAGUUGUUUAUUCAGACAAGCUGAGAUUUGGUAUGCCUGUUGCCAAACAUUUUAUAGCAGACUAUUUAAUGUACUGCAAAGUUUUUGUUUUCAAAACAGAAUGUCUCUCUGUCAACCAGGUAGACCAUACUCCUGUAGGCUGUACAUCACACUUCAAGGGAGUUUCAAAACAUUUUUGCUGCAGUUUAGUGUAAAUGCAUUGCAUUCACUGGCUUUUUAGCCUGGAUAACCAGUAAAAGACUAAUGCAGGCUUUGGAAGAGCUAUCCAGUGAGAGCUCCUGUCACAGUAAUCCACAGUUAUUAGAGUAACCGCUUUGAAGUUUUAAAUAUUUGGGUCUUGCUGGGAGAGGCUACCGUAAAGAAAAGUAAUGUUCACAUCUUAACUGCAAAUCAUGCAAAGCAUCUCAGUCAGCAUGGCCAGUUGCACUCCACCUCUUUUCUAUGGACUUGUGUAUGUUACUUUAGAUGCAUUCAUUUUUGUUCCCACAUCAGAAAAUAACUGUUUUGUGCUGAGCCUUCUUCCCUCAGCAUCAUCAUGGCACUUUCCAAGGGGAAACUGCCAAGUAGACUGUUGUAAGUGAAUACUUCUCCUGAUAGAUACAUUUUCAGAAAGUCUGGGAGCUUGCUGGCUGAGAUGCAUUCAGAUGUAUGGUGCUACAGAAUGCACAUAACUUUUCUAUACCUACCCAAGACACACACUAACAAAAUUCAUGACUUCCUUUCAGUCUGUUAAAUGCCACUGUAAUAUUAUGCCUCAGGUGUUUAAGUUCAUGAUCUUGUAGUAUGUCCAGAAGUGGGGCUUUGUUCAAUGAUGAUCCCAUCCGAGACGCAUUUUCCAGUAAUCUUGACUACUUUUUAUAUUUUGGUUCGGGAGAUUGUGCCAUCUUAAUUUUGAUAAAUAUGAAGGUGGGAGUGAAAGCCAUGUGUGUGUUGCUCGUGUAGGUUUUCCUAUUUUAAGUACCUUUCUUUUCUUGCACCACAGGAUAACAUGGCUAUUUUGUAUCACUCUGUCCACUUCUAUUUUGCAUAACCAAAACCGAUUUCAUUCUAUUUUUGGUUUAGAUACAUGGAAGUGUGUUCGUCCGGCUGUUGUGCAAAUUGUUUGAGAUACAAUGCAUUAUAUAGUCUUAAGAUACCCACUUCCAGUGGCUCAUCCAAUAUUUUCCAAGUAAUGCUGUAUUGGUGUGCAGUGAGAAAGGGUCACCAUAGCACUUAUGCUUCACUUCUGUUACUGUUAACAGAAGCACUCCUUCUGACUGAGUGUGGCCAGUUGUGGCUUGUCUUCAGUUUCAUUGACUCAUAGUAACAUCCUGAUUUUUAGGGAACUUACCAGUCUUUGUUAAGGUAAUACCAGUCCCUAUCGUCCUUUUACGUGUAAUGGAUUUAAGUUAAAAGAGACAUUCAAAGUCUGAUAGAAUAAAACAAAAAUAGGUAUAAUAGUACAGUGUGAGUAGUUACACUGUCAUCUGAUAACUGCUAUAUGUAAAUUUUGUUCUCACUAUGAGGUUUUGUUUUUGGUGCUUUACUAUCUGAUUAUAGUGGUGAAUGUCAGCUGAGGAGGAUCGGCUCCAUCCAUCGUGAAUUUAGCAAUUAAAGUUAUGCAGAGUGUUAAAACAUUUUGGAUUACUUUCAUGGAGUUUUAGCUACCACUUUUGGUUGCCUUGCUUUUCCCACAGUAUUCUGGCCUGUAUUUAACCAUGCUGAAAGCAGGAUUUGCAGGAGCUUGUUUUAUAAAGGUUAAAAAGUGCUACAGGCACCCCUUCAUGGUUAGUUCAUGUUAUCUUAGUCCUGUUCUUUCGCUAAUUUAAAUGACCUUCUAAUAAUGUUAGAGGGUUAGCAGUUUGGUGAAUUUAAGUGUUUAAGGAUGAUUUUCAGCUGAAGGACCUUGGAUGGAAAAAAUAACAUUUAUAGGCAUUUUCUUUCCAUUCGUGAUCACUGCUACCUGUUGAUGCAUGGAGAAUCAAAGGAUGAAACAUCUCAAAUGUUUUUAACUGAAGUUGCUGAAAAGCUUUGUUUUGCUUUUGGCACUAAUUUUUUUAUUUUCUAAACCAUCCACUAAAUAAUUUACACAGAUUAUACAUUGGAUACAUUGUAGAUCCUGAAAGUUCUGAGAAAAAAAUAAUGUGUAUGAAGUAAUGCGAUCCACAGGAAAAUUGUAUUUAAUUUUAAAGAAGUCAUCAUUAUUCUGAUGUUUUUUUUUCUGUUUUAAACCACAAGGUCUUGUAUUUUAUUUCCUGCAUACAUGCAUAGUUUAAUGAUUCACCAUAACUUUUGCAUCGAUUCCCCUGCUUUUAUUUUGUGUUACAAAUUGUGAAGUGUUACUGUUCUGUAAAUAAUUUUAAAUACAUGUGUAUCUUUUGGAUGCAAAUAAAUAUAUUUUGAUUUAA